CUAUUACAAUACACAAUGCAUACAAUAAAUUGACUGAGAGUAGUCAAUGGAAUGUGCGACUGUGAAUAACAACUACCUGGAAUAUAAUUCGUUGAUUUCACUGCGGUUUUGAUGGCACAUUUAUAGGCCUAUUGGGUAAUGUAACGUUAAGGAAAGGAUUUAAUAGAAUCAUCCGGCAACAUCUACUACAUUAAGUCUACCGACCAACCGAACGCCCUUGGAAUAGUAGGAACUAAGUAAGCUUACACCGUUUACCCAUAUAUAAGGGAAAAAAACAUAACAUUUACAAUGAAACGAUCCGAGGUUGAAGAGUUGGUUAAAAAAAUUGAGGAAUCACCUGAAAAAAUUGAUUCUUAUAUAAAGAAGCUGAUUACGGCAGUGGACGAGUUCGACGAGGAGGAAGAUGUGAACGAAAAAAAUCUGAACAUAAUAGCAGAUGUUGUUGAAGACCAUGUUGCACCAGCAGCUGAAAAAUGUAAAAGUAAAAAGUCUGGAGUCAUGGCCAAACUUGCGGUUGCUUUGGCAAAAAGAAAGAUGACGAGGUACUAUCGCAGCAUAAAUGAUAUUCUGCGAGAACGAAGCAUUGUAAACUGGAAGGACCAAACUGCGGAAGCUAUUAUGCUAGUUGAAACAUUCGUCGAACCACCGGAGAUAAGAGUUUCGAAACGAGACGAGGAUUGGAACGGCAAAGACCAUCCAGAAAAAAGUGAUUCGGCUGAAAAAAUCAUGAACUGUGUAGAUAAAAUGGUAGAAGCGUUUCAGAGAGAUAAGAUAACAAAGAAGGUUGGAACGCAUCUCCUGGAUUUGCUAAUAAAAUGUUUGAAGGGAGCCACCACCGUCCAGAUUAAGAUUGUUGAAGGACUAACAGAUGACUGGGAUUUUAAUGUUGAAGGUGCUAAAGCUAAAGAACUGAUACCGGAGUUAUUUAAGGCACUUGAUGACUGGUACAGGCAAAUUGAUGAGGUCUUAUCGAGCGAAGAUGAUCACUUUCAACACAAACCCUCGGAAAAAUCAUUAGAAAUUGCAUUUAAAUCAAACUGUCCUGUAGAUAAAUAUAUGAAGCACGUUGUCUCAAUAUGGAAUAACACAUUGACGAAGGAACUGGACGGCCAGCCACUCACGGGUUGGGGUUCGAUUGCAACCACAAUAUUAAGCAGCUUCAUAAUUUCUAAGGCUACUUCGAUAGACAUGAGUGAAUUCGUCCCGGGGAUAAUGCGACUAUUGAAAUCAGAUAUUGAGUUGCUGAAAUCCCUUGCGUCAGGUGUUAUAGCAACGAUGUAUCAGAAGAUUGAUGCUCUUGUACCGUGCGCAGAUGAUGUAGUGGACGUGUUCAUCAAUGAUGAUGACAUGGAUUAUAUAGGAAUGGCUCUAAAACCUCUGUAUGCAAAGUGUCCAGAAAAGAUUAUAAAGAAAAUUGACAUCAUCAUAGAAAGUUUAGGCGAUAUGGACUCUAGCAAGAAAGGUUAUGUUUAUAUGUUACUAGACGAUAUUUCUAAGUCUGAACCACAGGUAUUUUUACCCCAUCUGGACGUUUUAAUGGAGGAUUUAAACGAUCCAAACCUUCAGUUCCAAGUUCUAAUGGUCCUUGGCGAGGUUGCAGCAAAGUAUCCAGAGAAGUUUGUCGAUAAAGUCGAUAUUCUGAAUGAAAUCUUAGUGGAACAACCGAUGGCUGUUUAUCACGUGGAUAAAAUAAUCGCCAGCGUAGGAACAAUUGACAAGGGAAAGGCAAAGAAAAUUAUGAAAAUUCUAGCCGAACAGCUCCAGACAGUACAAGUGGUUUACCAGUCUGUGGUUAUGAUGGAAAUGAAGAGAAUAGGGCACAAGUAUCCAGAAUGUUUAUCGGAGUACAGAAAGGAGAUAGAAGCCAUGAAAGACAGUCCACAGAUGGGAGUAGGAGACAUGGUGGUGGCACUCAUCGACUUCAUGGAGGGACGCACUCUCGAAGCACUGCAUGAAGAUAUUACCGAGCAGAGGGAUGACAUUGACAACUUGGACUCCCGGGUAACAACAACAGAGAAAAACGUAACUGAAGUCACUGAGAAAGUUGAUAAACAGGGAGAGGAAAUAACAGCUGUUCAAAAUGAUGUCGCUACUCAAGGGCAGAAGUUAGAGGAACUGGAAGAAGUUGUGGAUGAGACAGUUGUAAAAGUUGAUGAGAUUGAUCACAAGACUAUUACUAAUGCACCCAAAUGGUCACGGGAUGUUUCAAAACUUCUAAAUCCUGAAGGUGAUUACGAUUGGAGAUUUCUGGCAAUUCGACUGGGAUACUCUGGCGAGGACAUUCGUAACUGGGCGUUGUCGCCAGAUCCAACUAUGGCGAUCCUAGCUGAAUGGUACACGACGCAUAAAAGUAGUGACGCAACCUACGCUAUACUCACGGCCUUGGAAGAUAUGGGACAAACAGAGGCUGUGAAAAUUAUUGAAGAAUCCUUAGAACAAGCAGAUGCAAUGGUUCCAAAAUCAGGACCUGAUAUCUCAGAGAAACCACCAAAGGUCUUUAUCAGCUAUCAGUGGGAUCACCAACCAGAGGUAAAAGCUAUUCGAGAUCAUCUGGAGAUGGCAGGAUUCGAUUGCUGGAUGGACAUUGGUCAGAUGGGCGGAGGGGAUAACCUCUACGCGAAGAUCAAUCAAGGAAUGAGGGCUGCUAAAGUGGUUCUGUGUAUGACAACUGAAAAAUACUCAAAGUCAGAAAACUGCAACAAAGAGGUGAAUUUGGCAAAUCUUCUAAAUAAGCCAAUCAUACCAAUUCUUAUUGAGCAAACGGCCUGGCCUCCAGAAGGACCAAUGAGCAUGCUUUUUGCUCAACUCCUUUACAUUCAAUUUUUUACCAAAGAGGAAUAUGUUCGGGGGGAGAAAUUUUGGCCAGACAGCAAAUUUUCGGAGUUGUUAGGUCAAGUUAGCUAUUAUGCUGCUCCUGACCCGACUAAAAUUACUGAUGAAUACAAAAGUUGGGUGCCAUCUGUCGAAGCGCCAUCACAAGAAAUUAAACGAGCAGCAGGCGAGGAGACGGCAAAUGUAGAAAAGAAAGUGGAAGACUCUCAAGCGCCAGUGGAUACUGACGCGGAUGUAUUCAUCUCCUACCAAUGGGACCAUCAACCACAGAUUAAGAAACUUUACCAGCGGUUAACAGAUCUGGGAUAUUCGUGCUGGCUGGACAUUAAGCAGAUGGGAGGGGGAGAUCCUUUGUAUAGUAAAAUCGACAAAGGUCUUCGUAAAGCGAAGGUAGUCAUUUCAUGCGUUACGCCAAAAUAUUCUUUGUCAGCAAACUGCCGCCGUGAGGUUAGCCUAUCAGAUGCUCUACGUCGACCAAUCAUUCCAAUACUCCUCCAGCAAAUGACCUGGCCACCAGAAGGGCCAAUGAGUAUGACGUUUACUCAACUUCUCUACAUCGACUUCACUAAAGAGUCGAGUCAGAAAAAUUUUGAUGAUGGAAAAUUUGAUGAACUAGUAGAGAAGAUCAGUGAGCAUGCGCAGCCAGAAGCUUCUUUGCCGGCGGAGAAAAAGGACGAACAUGAAGUCAAGAAAACGCCCGAUCAAACACCAGCAAUAUCCAAUCAAGGCGAACCUAAGCCAAAGGACCCGGCUCCUACAGAAAAACCCAAACAGGACCCUCCUCCACAAGAAAGUAAAGCAGAUUCCCCUUCACCAGAACUUGAGAAGCCAAAGGCGAAAUCAAAAGCAUGUUGUAUAUUGUAACACUAAACAAUGACUAUUAAACCACGAAGUUCUUAUGGUAGGCCUAUACAUCAAGAUCUAACCCCAGACACUUUCUCUCACACUCUUAGAGUUCUAAUUUUAUGAUACUCACAUUGACAGCGAGAGCCUGCAGGUUCGAAUACCGCGAGAGAUUUUUUUAUACUGAACUGAAGAUAAGGAACUUAUCGUUGAAGUGCUUUGAUUGAUAUGAUUACAACAUCAUGUUCCUGUUCGAGGACUGUUAUUAUUAUUUAUCUAUUUCUUUAUACACCAACAAAAAACGUAAAUUGUCCCCUUAAAUAGGGGUUUCAGGCAUGUUUUUGCACAAUGAUGACAUGAAUUCUUUAAUUAUUUCAUUUUAUUUGACCUAAGAAUGAGUUAAAGUUGAAUUAUUACUAAUUUAUAACAAUAAUUUGCAAUGCAAAAACAAUUCAUUUAUGAUAUGAAAUCAACAGAAAUUUAAUUAAAACAAUAAAAGUUAUAUAUAUUCCCGUUAUUGUUAAUAAUUUGAGUGCAAUGUUAAUUACCAAAUAUUCUUUUUUUUUUAUAUUGAGCUUUCUAUUGGAUGCACAAGAUCGAAUAGUAUGAAUAGAGUAACGACUUAGAAAUCAGGGUACAGGCUGUGUGGUAUAGAAUAGAAUCCUAUGAAAAUACACAGCACAAGAAAUCCCCAUGGUUAAUGGUCAAAAUUGACAAGAUUGUAUUUAUUAUUCAAUUUCAAUUAACUUUAUUCCAAUAUCAAAACAAUACAAUUAUCAGCAAAAGAAAUACAUUGGUAGCAGAUAAA